GGAAAGUAUGGCACGCGGACGAGGAGCAGCAGCACCGUCCGCGUCCGAGCCCCGUUGGGCUCGAGAAUCCGAGGCGACCCCUUCUCCUCCCCCACCCCCCGGCGUUGUGCAGCCCCUGCCGAUCGGCGCCUGCCAGAAGCUUUUGCACCAGUGCUGAGCACCCGCAAUGGGCUGUUUCGUUCGGAGCGCUGGCUACGCUACGCUGGAAAGUAUGGCACGCGGACGAGGAGCAGCAGCACCGUCCGCGUCCGAGCCCCGUUGGGCUCGAGAAUCCGAGGCGACCCCUUCUCCUCCCCCACCCCCCGGCGUUGUGCAGGGGGGUUGACCGCCUCUGGCAUGCCGCAGUACAAGGAUGCGGUCUUCAUAGAGAUUUGGAGGCACCUCAAGAGCCUGCGCACGCACCAGGCCCACCUCUCUACCCUCAACUCGCCCGCGUCGAACGGCUAUGGGGUACGAAGGGCCUGGGGCGACUUGCAGGCCAAUUUGAGGGAGGAGCGCAUGAAGAAAGGGGUCGGCAUGAAGGCAGUCAUUGCGGAGCGCCCCGACCUCUUUAUCCUCAGCGCAAGCGAGACGGGCCACCCCGUCGUGGGCCUGACGCCCGCCGGACAGGCCGCCAACCCCGACGACGGCCUCGAUGCGGUCCGGCAGUUGGCGGCCUCGAUGCCUGCGCUGACCGCGGAGACGCCGACGACUGGGCCCGCCGGCCGUUCUGGUGCUGACCAGAUGCUGGAGGACGAGGUCUGCUGGAUGCGGCGCGGCCGCUGGAUCUGGGUCGUCGCCGACGUCGACCCAAAUGGCGCCAUCUGGAUCGGGCAGGCUCUUGCCGAGUACGUCUGGGAGCUGCUCGGGGACGCUGUCCACUGGGGCGGCUAG